CGUCAGUACAUCUGGUGACCGCUGGCUGAGAAGGUCGCUGUCUCCUGUUGGUAAUCCAUACUCUGGGCCCUGUGAAAAUCGAUAAAAAUCUGCCUUUUCAAUUGAUUGCCAUCGAGGUAUGUCUACUCAUGACUGAAACACGGCUGGAUAUUAGGUACCUGCAGAUUGCAUUAUGUUUGCCAUUGGAUAUCUGAGUGUUGGGCAAAGCAACCAGCUGAUAGGCAGCUCAAGUUUACCAGCCAUCAGAAGGAAGUUUGUUGGAAUUAUUAAGUAGCCUUCACACCAUUUAAAUUUUCCCAUAUACUGCAGCCGGAAUUUCUUUGAAAAUGGAGAAAAUUCAUUCAUAUUUUGGGAUUGUUGACUAUGUGAUCUUUGCCCUGGUUCUUGCAAUGUCUUCAGCUAUUGGCAUAUACUUCAGGUUUACAGGGGGAAGGCAAAAAACCUACAAGGAGUAUAUGUUAGCUGACCAAAGUAUGCCAGUAUUGCCAGUGGCAUUUUCUCUUAUGGCAUCUUUUAUGUCUGCCAUCACCAUAUUGGGAGUUGCGACGGAAAACUAUGUGUUUGGUACUCAGUUUGUUGUCAUUAAUAUAUCCUACGUGAUAGCAACCCCAUUGGCUUGCUAUGUAUAUCUUCCAGUAUUCUUCAGAUUGCAAAACACAAGUGUUUAUGAGUACCUCGAACGAAGAUUCGGCUUAUUAACACGAACUUGCGCAUCUUUAGCCUUCUCUCUUCAGAUGGCUUUGUACAUGGGCAUUGUCCUUUAUGCUCCAGCAUUGGCUCUCUCAGCCGUAACAGGUAUAUCGUUAAACUGGUCGAUUGCCUCCGUUGGUGUGGUUUGCACCUUCUAUUCAUCAUUGGGUGGCAUGAAAGCUGUGCUUGUCACUGAUGUGUUUCAGUCGCUCCUCAUGUUUGCUGCUGUUUUUGCCGUUAUAACCCGUGGCCUGUUGGACUAUGGAAUCCAAGGUGUGUUUGCUGCUGCUGAAAACGGAGAACGACUGGAAUUUCUAAAUGCAUCUUUGGACCCACGUGAGAGGCACACUAUCUGGAGUUUGGGGAUUGGUGGGAUAUUCACAUAUUGUUCACUGUAUGGCGUAAAUCAGGCCCAAGUUCAGCGAUUACUGACUAUAAAGGAUCUUCGUCGAGCUCAAGCAUCACUCUGGCUCCAGUUGCCUAUCUUAAUGCUUUUAAGCACAUCAACAUCAUUUGCUGGCUUGGUGCUAUAUGCUCACUAUCAAAACUGUGAUCCUAUGAAAAGCAAACGAAUCACUAAUCCAGAUCAGUUGCUGCCCCUUUAUGUGGUAGAGACUAUGGGGAUGUUCCCAGGACUGUCAGGACUAUUUGUAUCAGGAAUAUUCAGUGGUUCUCUUUCAACAGUAUCGUCAGCUCUCAACUCUCUUGCUGCCGUCACAUUGCAAGAUUAUGUUCUGCCAUUUGUCUCAAACAGGGCGAUGGUAGGUGAGAAACUAACUCUAAUCAGCAAGUUUCUUGCAUUGCUAUAUGGCUGUAUUUGCCUGGCUAUUGCAUUCAUGACUCAGUUCUUAGGCAGUGGCAUCCUGGAAGCAUCCCUUAAGAUAUUUGGGGCAGUUGGUGGUCCUCUUUUGGCUGUAUUUACAAUGGGCAUGCUCUUCAAAAAAGCAAAUCAAAAGGGAGCCAUGGUAGGUCUGGUCUGUGGCUUAAUUAUUACUAUGUGGAUUGCUUUUGGAAAGCCAAAACCACCACCCCAUUUCAAGCCUGUAUCUGUUGAAGGAUGUGCCAAUAAUGUCAACAGUACAUUGAAAGACUGGUUGUCAGUAGGAACGACCAUUGCCCCAGUUGAUGUGUGGGAUUUUGAAAAUAUUACUCUUGAAAAUAGUACCUAUGAUCAAGAUGUGUUAAGUUCUUCUUCAUUCUUGAGUCUGUUAUCAGAAGAAGGAAAUUCUACUGAUAGGAUUUUGAUGAAAUCUGCUGUACCUGUAAAUUUGACUACAGUCUAUUAUCCAAAAUCUGGUUUUAAUGAGACUAAUCCAGAUGGUCAAAAGAGUAAGUCAUUUCUACUCAAUCUUUACGCACUAUCUUAUAUGUGGGUUGCUGGAAUUGGCUUCUUCAUAACCCUUACUGUGGGUCUCCUAGUCAGUCUUGCUACUGGUGGAAAUGAUAUUCUUGAUGAAGACUUGUAUUCCAGCUGGGUGAUUCCCUUAGAAACCAGCCCAAAUGAUGAGUCUGCUUAUUUGGAAAAGAGUGAUAUUGGUAAUGAGACAGAAUUGCACCCGGUUUGUUCACAAGUGCCUUUGACAGCAGCUCCAAGAGAAAUUACAAAACUGUGAUGACAGAACAAAUGAAGGACUUUUCAGUUUGGAUUGGUAUCUAUCUGAAACAUCGCCUACAUUGCAUCGCUUGUUGGUUGUUGAAACUGAAGCAGCAGUCUUCGUGUUUUGUUUCUAAUGUCCUUGUUGCCAGGGUGAGGAAUUACAUAGACAUUAGACUAAGUUUAAAUAUCUGAAUGUGAUAGCCACAUCUUGCCAAAAUACCAUUGAUGGGAUUUUGUUUUCUUCUUAAUCUUGUCAUCGUAACAAGGUAUGUCUCAUCACUGCUUCAGAAUUGGGAAUCGGAAUUAUGAAUCCCAUAUUGUAAAUGUAUAUGAAAUAAGGAUUUAAUUUCCAUGCUUAGCACAAACGAGGUCUCCUGGAUAUUUUAAUGUCGGUAAAAAAAAAAUAAGUAUUGCUAUCCAGGUCGUCAGUAUUUUGAUAAUUGCAAUGAACUGCUGUCAACCUUACUUGGUUGUACCAUUAGUAGUGGCAUAGAAGCUGUCAGACUACAUUGCAUCCAAUAUUGCUCCUAGAAUUCUGUCUCACUGAUAUUAUCUACUUGUCAGGUAGAUAAUAUGAGCAAACUUAGUUUUUUCAGUCUUAAAGUCUAACCAGUUGAUUUUAUAAAUUUCAGAUAUUUAAAUAUACUUCAGUGUUAUAUUGAUACUGUGUUAUAUAUACCUCAGAUCCUUGAAGGAGAAUCUAUAGCUGACUUAUAAAAAAUAUAUUUCCAGUAAAAUUAUCUUCUAAAAAAGGUAAAACUUAAUUUGUUAUACAAACCCAUAAUAUAAAGCCAUCUGGAAUACCAGGAAAUGUGCUUAGACAAAUCUUCUCUGAGGGAAGGAAAGGACAAGUGCCUGUUUCUUGAUUUGUGAGCAGUGCCCAUUUACCAAAAGGCCCAAUAGGUCUCUGCAGAAACAGCUCAUAGCUCAUUCUUUGUGUUGCGAGUCUUUUACAGCUGAGUAUUCGACAAACAUGUACAGUAACCUUGAUGGCAAAUUUCAGUUAAAGUGGUGACGACUGUAGAUUACUGAAGUCAAAUAGAACUUGGAGGUAAAAGCUGCAAGCCAUAGGUAAAUCCUUGUACAUUGCUUGUAUAGAGUGUAAAGUGACUACAAGAAAGUUAUGUCCUACUUAUAUAGAAUAUUAAUAUCAAGGUUAAAUCACGUCCCUUAUGCAUGAUGCAAUAUCAACAAACUGGAAGAUCAUUUCAUGAGGGUUUCAUAAUGGAGAGUAAGGUGGAAGUGCAACGUUGUUACUAAUUGUUCCACUUUACUUAAACCCUGCCCCAAUAGGAGGAACCAUUUACUCUGCUGCCCCGAAAGGCCCCUAGGAGUAUGUUUCGGGCCACUUAUGCAUUUUACCUUGUAAUUACAAAUGAGGAAAUGCCAUUGCAUUUUUGCAAUAGCCAGUUGCCAAACAGACUCCAAGCCCGUUGCAUGAGUAACCCUCUGAUGGGAUGCAGAGCUUACUAUUAUGGUGCAAAAAUGCAAGUACAAAUAGUGAGACUGGCUUCAAUAUAAAUUUGAGUACAGAGUCUACCCAUCAGACUCAUAUGUUGCUCUUUUGGUUGUGUCUUCUUGAAAUGUUUAAAGAUGUUUUAUAUCCAAGGAGAUAAAACCUAUCUUCUGCACUUCAAAAUGUGUAAAGGACAGACCUGGAACCUUUAAUGGCUGAUUCUGGUAAACAUAUCCAUUCCUCUAAAGAGAGUGCCUCAGUGGCGUGGUUGGUGUGUUAUUGGCGUCCCACCUCGGUGGUCGCGAGUUCGAUUCUCGGGCAUUCCAUUGAGGGGCCAGCAAUGUGUAUUUCUGGUGAUAAAGUUCACUCUCGACGUGGUUCGGAAGUCACGUAAAGCCGUUGGUCCUGUUGCUGAAUAACCACUGGUUCCAUGCAACGUAAAAACCAUACAAACAAACAUUCCUCUAAAGAAUAAGGAAAUCUGUUAUGUUUGGAGUAGUAGUAUGGACCAGCUACAGAGAAAUUCCACUCUUGACUGCCAUAAUUACACUGGAGUUCUUAUGUGGCCUUGAUCGCCUUCUCAAUAAAUCCCUUCUUUAUUGAGUUGAUGCUGUAAUAUCCUCAAGGCAUGACCAUUCCCAGUGCCUAGGUCUUGAUGAGAACUAGAAUUGCCAUUCUGUGAGGUUUCCUGCACCUAUCUACAAGCAGGACAAGAUGAUUUUAAAGUCAUUCCCUAAUUGGGUAGAGACUAUCAAUGUUACUUUUAGGUUGUUUUACUAGUAGUCACUUUCGGUUUCUGCUAGUCGGGGAAGAAGUAAAUGCUUAAAUGUAUACCCAGUCUAACCUAUCAGUUCUGAUAGUGUCUUGCAUGUGUAGUUGCACAGUGAUUGCUGUAAAGGCAGAACUUGAUCUUCCAUCCUAAGGCUGUCAGUCUUAAAGCAUUUUUCCCCCUACAGUAUUCACAUUAUGUUCUCUGAUCCACAUAGUGGCCAGUUGGCGUAAAUUUUCUGACUCUAGUUUCUUGCCAGCUGUCUUAAAUGAAACUGAUAUGUACGUGCUGCUCAAAAGUUUCAGGACAGACAAAAAAGAAAAAGGCUUAAAAUUCCAUAUACUACUGAUAUCUCUCUACAUUAUUUUUGGCUAAGGAAUUUCUCAACAAAAAAUUUUAAUUAGUGAGUGUUUUCAUUGUUGCAAAAGGCAAUUAGCUAGCUUAUUUUCCAUUUUUGUAACAAAUAUACUGUAUAAAUACAUCCUAAAAAAAGUGAACCCCUUCUUUUUCUCUUUUAUACAACAUGUAAUAUGUACAUUAGGUACACUAACAAGCAAACAUAGGUAUCACUUUCCUGUUCGCCUGAAAUCGUUAAACAUUGCAGUACAGUACUUAUACUGUAACACUGUAAAAUAUUACAUUGUACACAAAAAAAUGCAAACUCCCUUCAUAAAACUUACAAUACACUACUGAACAAACACAAAUGUCAUUUGAUUUUUCAGUUUACCUAAACUCACUAAACAUUACAGUACAGUAUAACACUUUAAAAUACAUUGUACACAAAAAGUUAUCCCUUCUUUUUUUUCCUCAUACAUAACACAGCAUUAGACAUUAAAAUAAAACCAAUUUUUUUUUUUUUUCUUAACUUACUCAGCUGAAACUCACAAGCCUUACAGCUCAUGUGCACUGUCCACCUGUCAGAGACUGCUGCUCCUUCUUUUCUUUGGAGAAUGUUUGUCUAUGAACAUAUUAGGGUAAAGAAAAUAUUACUACGUAUAUAUUACAAGUAUGCCAUUAAACUGGCAUAUUUGCCAGUUUAAAUUGCCUUUUAAGAACUAUAGAACAAAAUACGCAUUUAAGGACUCGAAUGUUAGAAAAAAGCAGUUUUUUUCACUGGACUUCAAAUGUAUACUGUACAAAGCUGUUUUGUGCUCACUCAGGUCAAGAAUUUAAUACUUGACCUUAAUUUUGGUUGUAGUUUUUUUUUUUUAGUAAUUUUUAUUUCAUCUUUGAGUCUUAACCCUUUUGUUUCAAGUAUGAAAUUUAACUAUUUGGUUAACUUUUAAAUGAUUUCUUUCUUUGCUUACCAAUGUAAUGAAGGUCAGUCCUUUAUGUGGUAUUCCUUCAGUCCCUACAUUGCUUUUUUCUACUUAUCAAUUUUUUUUCAUCAUACAUGCACUGUUUGUUGUUCAGCUUGGGUAUAUCAGAUUUUUGCCAUAAAAAGCAAAUCCUAGAGUCCACCUGUAUGAGUUUCUAGCAGUGUGUUUGUUAUCUUGAAUGAGUUACUUUUGAAUAAUCAUGGUUGUAAAAUUGUGUAGCAGUAAUUCUUUGCAUUAUAUAAUUUAAAAUUUUAUAUUCAGUGUGUGCAGAGAUAUGCUGGCAUAAAUUUACAUUCCUCUUUUCACUAAAAGAAAUUUUGAUAAAUUAGUCUUGAGAUAAUAUCCAUGGAAAGCUUUACAAAAAGUAUUCUUAAUAUAAUUGUUUUGAACAUGCUCACAGCCCAUGGAUGAUGCUGUUUUGAAUUUAAAAAUUGUGUCUGAUGGUUUUCUCCUUGUUCAGUAUAAGGGAUUCUGUUCUUCUGAUUAGUGAAAACAAAUGUUAUGGAUUUGCAUUUGGAUGUCAGCUUUUUUCACUUGUCCAGAUUUGGAUAAUUUCUUCUGUAGGUCAUUAAAAUAAUUUGAAGAUCUGCCUAUGAAAAUUAGUCUGCUCCAAAGAUAUUCAUUACAACAUCUGCAGUAAUGCACGUAUAACAAAAGAAGAGUUAAAUUAGCUGAAAGUACAAUUAUAUUUUUGCAUCAGCAGAUAUAUUAAUAUAAUGUAAGCAUGAUCAUUUGUUUUGAAGUGUCCAUUAAGACAUUGCUAUUUACCCCUGAAUCAUGAAUAGUGUGACUGCUCAGAUACUAAGUUGUUGUGAAUCUUAAUUGCCUUUGAAUGUCAAUUUGAAUUGUAUUAGGGAAAAACUCUCUAUCACGAGAGUAUAUAUAAUGUUCUAAAGGGUCCAGGGAAGGGUUCGAAAGCUAUCUGUAAAGUCUUCAAAAUUAUACACGGACUUUUUACACUUUGUAUUAUUGUGGACCCUUUAGAACAUUGAAUUGUAUUGUUAGUUAGAAAUUGCAUUUCUUCAAAUGAUUUCAGUGUUUUCAUAAAGAUGAUGUAGCCCAGUUGAGAAUAUUUUUUUCUCAGUUUUCAAGAUGUAAGAUAGCUAUGCCUUUGCUAUGCCACCUUUCUUAAAGCAAGAGUAUAGCCAUCUUACCAUAUUUAGUUAGGUAUACUGAAGUGGUAUUAGAUGGAACUUAAUUCAGAGAUCAUUUGGUUUGAUGUUGCCUUCCUUUUUACUAAAUAUUAUUCAUUAGAAUACAAAAAAGGCUGUAUAUAUGUAGAUCUUGAGAUGACAGACAGUUAGAUAGACUAAAUGAUUGUAAUACAAUAUGUUAAGAAACAAGAUUGAGUGAAGACAUUGCCUAGUAUGUCAGAUGAAUUGGAGAUAAAAGGACUGCCACUAAGUCCUGAACUGAAGUUUCUGAUAGUUACAUUAUGCAAAUUAUGUGGAGUUAAUAAAAAGAAAGGGAGAAGUUUCGAAUGUUCAAGACAUGCAAGAGAGAAAUGGAGAAUUUUGAACUGAACAAUGAAGUGAGCAAAGCCAUGACAGGUAACAGAAAAGGAGAGCAAUCUGGAAGGUGGUAGCUAUUGAAAAUUUAUAUCAAACUAUGAAGCAGAUUUUUAGAAGGAAUGAAAGUUUAACAGAAGACACAAAAAUCGUAGAUGGCUCUGCUGCCUUUUCUCCAUAUUGUUAGUAAUUGUUCACAUGGUCAACCCAGGAUAUCUGUGCAGUUUAGUCUUCCUCACUGGAGAAGAAUCAGACAUCAUAAUUCUAACCUCAUGUUGAAGUGGUUUGAAAGUAUUUAUGUAACCCAUACAAUAGGUGGUGUCACAUGGAAUGCUUAGAAUUGCAAAUCUUAAUUAGAAGAAUAGGGGUUUGGAUGUUUGACAUAAAUGAGAACUAAUAGUGAAGCAGAGUAUAUGAAGAACUAACAGUGAAGAAAUCAAGGAAGAGAAUUAUGUUUUGCUGCAGGACAUGCAUAGAUGAAGAAAUUGCAAAUAUAUGGAGAUAAUUGAUUACCUCAAAGGCUGAAACGGAGGGGCAUAUAAGUAGGAGUGGGUGGCAGCCAAUUGGAAAAGUAAAAGAUCUAGAAAUGGGUGGCUGCCAUCAAGAGGGACUGCUCAGAAUAUUGUGAAAUAGCACAGUUAAGCAACUGAAUCAGAUGGUAAUGCACAAGAUACAAAGAAUGGAAAAACUCAGAUAAGUGGAAAAAAAAUAUUGUAAGUAGAUAGCCAGUUUGAGGCUUAACUGUUCAUCCAUGGGAGACAUUGAAGUAUAGUUAUAGGUGAAGAAUUAAUUUUGCUUUAGAAUUGCUUGAAAAAUGCAAUUUUUCUGGUCCCCCCAAAAGGUUUUUGAAAGAUAUUUUGUAUAAUAUUCUCAUGGAUUCAAUCCAGUAAACCUUAUACAAUUUGCAUGUGUUCUGUUAGAAAAAAUAGGACAUUGGAUAGUAACUGCUCUCACCAUACCCGUCAGUCAGGGAUUUGUGCACCUUUCAGUCAACCAUGUACGUAGUUGUUUAACAAUGUUUUUUUUGUUUGGUAGAUGCUUAUAAAUCUUUGAGGCUGGUCAACCUGUCAUUUUUCUUAUAAUGAACAAGUUUAUGCUUUCUUUACUAUGUAUUUCACAUUAUUGAACACUGCUGUGGUCAAAUGACAGUUUUAUGACAUUAAAAGCAGUAUUUUUUCUUAAAGUGAAGCAGGUGUUCAUUUUGUCGGACCAUUCCAGCUUAAGACUAUUCAAAACUUUCAUAAAAGCUUAUUGGUUCCCUUUACACAGUCUUAGCAUUACUUGAUGGUAUCUGUGGUCAAGAUUGUCAAUGUUACAUAUGUUGAUUUUAACCUUUGUGCAGGAAAUUGGACAGACUUGGUGGUAAGAGUAUUACCUUCCUUUAAAAUAACAUAAUUCUGUUUUGUAGCAUUAUCCAAUCACUUGGAAAAAGGCAUAAAUUUUGCAGCAAUUGUAGUUCAUUUAGAUAGUUCUGAAGAUUUUAUUUUUAUUUUUAUAGAUAUGAAUUCUGCAACUGUGUGCAUAGCCCUUAAUUAGCAUAGCAUAAUGGUUGUAUGAAGCACAAAGAAAAUGUAUGUAGUGUAUAUUUUAUUUUGAACUUUAUAAGAGUAGCAUUUAUAGUGGAGUGUAGUAUGAGUAUGUAUUGUAGUACUAUACAACCUUUAAUGAAAAUCUUUACUGACUGGUAAGGUAGUAGAUGCUGUCAACAAUUUAUCUUUUGCUCACACAUAUUCAAUACUAUUUAUCCAUUAGGAAUAUUCCAGAGGUAGGAACUGGGGAAGUUACAAAGUGACUAAGAUAUUUCUGGAUAUUCAGUAUAGUCUCAAAGAAAUAUAUAGUCGGUCAUUCUAUCUAGAAUGAUGUGAAGGAGUGAGUGACAUAUCACUAAGGGGUAAUAAGUUUUACUUGUAUGAUUAAUUUUAUUUUGCUUGAAUGUUAUCUCUCAUAGUUAAGUCUAGGUUUCUUUUUAUUUUUUAUUUUUUCCUCGGGUCAAUUCCUGGAAACCAGCCUGAGAAGAGCCUUUUUUAGGCUUAGAGAGGUCUGGUUAAAUUAAUCUUUUAUCCUAUCCUAUCCUAUGAUGCAAGUAACAUAAUAAUCCACUUUCUCUGCUUAGGAUUGUGAGUGUCCUCAUGCCCAAUUCUUAAAUAAUGUUGUUGGUAAUAUGCUCAUUCUCCCAUCAUUGCCGUUGUCAACCCUUUUUUUUUUUCUGAUGAAUCUACUCUUCAUAUAAUCUUGCAGUUCUCAUCCAAAUUUGGAGGCUCUUGAGAAGUUGUUUAUAAUCUUAUGUGAUACUCUUAAUGCAGACUUCAAUAAUAUCUCUGAAUGAGGUUGAUCGAUUUUUCCACAGUGAUUUCAGAGCAGAUAAUCUUGUGUGUUUAUUGUGUGCUCUUGAUUUCUCAAUAGUGAAAUAGUAGAUCUUGAGUAAUUAGAUCUUUUAGCAUCUCAGGACUUGGUAAUGAAUUGUAUCAAACCAGCUUAAACUUCUUAGUAAUAAUUCUGAUAAUGAAAAUGCUUUUGUUUCAUGCAUGUAGGUAUAUUGAGAGACCAAAUUUUUGGAGUGAAUUUUAAAGUUUAACUUUUCUAAAAUGAUGAUUGAAUGAGCAAUAUUUUCAAAAUCUUAGCCCAGUGUAUUCAAAAACACUCGCUCUGUGCUGAAAGCAGACACAGUUAAUGUCACAUAAAAGGUACCAUAGGUUUAGUAGUGUUAUAUGUUCUUUUGUGCAUUGAUAGAUAAAAUUACUCGCCUGUACGAAGUUUCAAUCAUAGAUUUAACCAAUUUUUUUAUGAAUACAUGCAAUGCAGUUUUUGUAGUUAUGUAAUUUAGUUGAGCUCAUUGAUAGUUAUGUAAUUUAGUUGAGCUCAUUGAAUUAUUUUUAUCCCAUGCAAUGGAGUUUUUGUAGUUAUGUAAUUUAGUUGAGCACAUUGAAUUAUUUUUGUCCCAUGUAAGAACAUGCAUUGUAGUUUUUGUAGUUAUGUAAUUUACUUGAGCACAUUGAAUUAUUUUUAUGUAAUUUAGUUGAGCAUAUUGAAUUAUUUUUGUCUAAUGUAAGAACAUGCAAUGCAAUUUUUGUAGUUAUUUAAUAUAGUUUAGCACACUGAAUUGUUUUCAUCCUAUGUAAGAACAUGCAAUGCAGAUUUUGUAGUUACUGUAUAUAACCGUAUAUACUCAAGUAAUAUUCUACUCCACGACAUGUAUGACCCCAUUUUUUACUGCAUAUACUAUUAGGAUUUUAGCAUAGGUAUACCCCAUUUAAUGUUCGAGUUUUGACUCUAGCAGUAAGCCUAGGCUAUGUUUCUAGUAUAUAUUUGGAAUCAAAACAUGAUGGUAACCUAGGCUAUGAUAGUAGUAGCUACUGUAGCGUAGACUUAAGUUUCAGACGUCAAAAAAAUAAGUUAAACUAAGAAGCUAAAAGCUUAGAGUAUGCCUAUAAAGUGUAUAAAAAAUUAGUAUAAACUAAGAAGCUAAAAGCUUAGAGUAUGCCUAUAAAGUGUAUAGAAAAAUUUGUAUAUAAUCAUUUCAAAUCAUUAAAAUAACUAUAAUAAACAAAAGAAAAACCUUCCGUCCUUUGUUUAUGAUCAUUUGUAACUAGCGAAUAGUAUAACCGUCAUACAUAAUAUUCUUUAAUCUUUCUUCAAUCUCUCUUUACCUAGUUCCACUAUUCUUUCAACUCUAUUACCUUGUUACUUUUUCAUAUAUCAAAAGUUUCAAAAUAUUUUUACUCUAUACCCUUCAGUAUGUUAUCAAAUGCAUAUAGGAAGUUCACUGCUAAAUUUGAACUGCAGGUGACCACUUUUACUGAAGCAGGCAACAGUGUGCAUGCUGCUAACAAAUGAAUGUUCGUGAUUGGAGGAAGAAAAAGGAAAGUUUAACUAAAGUGCUGUCGUACAAAUGUGCUAGUCGUGGAAUGGGUUGUUAGUGGCCACACCUGGGAAACAAAGUUGAAGAAUAGGUUACCAACAAUUGGAAUGCAGGAUACAGUAUAUCGCGGGGAGCUAUAGGAAUUUUUGCUUUGAAGGAAACUAAGAAUCUUGGAAUACCCGAAUUUGUUGCUAGUACUGGCUGGUGCUCCCAGUUCAUGAAAAGAAAUGGUCUAGUGCUUUGAAGACAAACUGAAAUUCCACAAAGGCUACCCGAGAAACUGGAAGAAAAGAUAAUAGGAUUUCAAAGAUUUGUCAUUGCUCUUCGUAAGAAAUGUAAAUACAAUCUGAGUAACAUAGGAAAUAUUGGUGAAACUUCAAUAACUUUUGAUAUACCUUCAAACCUAACAGUUGAUAAAGCUGGGGCAAAAUCAGUUUUGAUAAAAAUGACUGGAUAUGAAGAAAAUCUUUUUACUAUAUUUCUGACUUACAUGGCAGAUGGGAGAAAAUUAAAGCAAAAGGUAACUUUUAAGAGGAAAACUAUCCCAAAGGAGAAAUUCCCCAGUGGAGUCAUCAUCCAUGUACGUCCACGGGGUUGGAUGGAUGAAGAAGGCUGUAAGCUCUGGUAAAGGAAACUAUGGGAGGGCACUUUUCCAUUAUAGAACAACAUAAUAUCAAUAGAUUAUUAUAUAAGUAAAACAUUUUUUUUUAUUGUCUAUUUUACCAAAAAAUAAAUAUGUAAUAAAUAAUAGUUUGUCAACUUCUGUGGAAGGAAAUGCAUUUUUUUUUUUUCCCCUUCUGUUGUCUGGAAAUCCAAAGUCUAGGCUUAACCUAGUCCCAAAAUCUUUCACUUUUCCAAAACUACCUCAUGGAAUGUUUGUCCCCAAACUUUGAGACAAUGAAUUGGUCUUUAAAUAUUGAGCAUUACAUGAGUAUAUACGGUAUGUAAUUUAGUUGAGCACAUUGAAUGAUUUUUGCCUAAUGUAAAACAAUUGUAUGUUGACCGUAUUGACCCCAAUUACUAUGUUCUUUUUAAGAAAUCUCAUCAGAUAUUGAUGAUUGUUCUUGUAAAAAGAUGUACUUUUAUUUUUUUGAAGAGCUGUUAUACUGUGCUAAACUUUUAAAGUAUAGUUGUUGUUAGUAUAUAUAUAUAUAUAUAUUUGUUGUAGAAUUAUAAGUCUCUAGUAACCUUAAGAAUAGAGCCUGUUUUGGCCUGCUUAUUAUUUAAGCUGUCUUGGCCUGUUUCUCUGGGAUCACAAAGACAAGUAUGGUGCCCAUGUAUUUUUGUAGAUCUUUGGAAGUACUAUAUUAUAUUUAAUUGCUCAAAGCCUUGGAAUUCUCCAUUUGUAUAUGGGCAUUCUAAGUUUUCGGUAAUGUUUGUCAAUGUCAUGCUAUCAUAGUCUUCAAAGUCCUUAUCCUAAUACGUAGAUGUGUAUGUCAGCUAUUUACUAUUGAGAUACUACUGUAUACUCAGUGUUCAUUCUUUUGUGACAGUAUGAGAAAAUGUUUUGCAUUCAGAAUGAUGGUAAUGACAUUCUAAAAAAAUUUUGGUUUAACUUUUAAAGGAUUUGGUUCACAGAGUAAACAUUGUAUGUCAAACUGUGUUUUUCAAAUAGAUUCAAAUUCAUUUUGAACAAUACUGUACAGAAGUAACUUUUACUACUCGGAUGUAUAAAAAAUCUAGAGAAAUUAAUCUGAUCACAAAUUAAUAAAAAUGAAGCUUAUCAUUGGAUUGUGGCACUCAUCAUACCAAAACGAGCUCCACAAAGAAAUUUGAUCCCAUUUCCAAAUUGGCCACACUUUUCUAACUCAUGGAUAGUUGAUGAAUGGCCCACAUAACCUAACGCUGCAAGCAGAGAAUGUACGCAAGUGCUGAUGGUAAUAGUUUUGAAUGUUAUGCUUUGGAAGCAAAUCGGUCAUGAAAUAGUGUCAAAAUCAUUUAUUUUUAUUUAUGCAAUGAUCAGAUCAUGAAAGAACUGCAAUAUAUUGAAUAAAUUUUAAAUUUCAUCCUUAAAGACAAUCCCUUUCAGUCAGUCUCGAUUUGUUUUUAACCCAGUGGUUUGGUUAAACUACCUAAUAAUAAUAAUAGUGAUAACCAGGACAGGUAGUAGUAGCUUACUAAGUACAGUUUUUUGAGUAAGAAUAGUAUGCCUUCAUGUAAAAUUCUUAACUCUGAAUAGUGUGCAAUUAUGUUUGAAAAAUAUCCCAUUCUAUUUAAAUGAAACUAUAAAAUAUGUAAAUAUAGUAAUAAUGAAUUUAAAAGCUUGUGUGAAUUAGCCAUGUAAUGUCCUUAGAAAUGCAUACUGUGUACUUAAGCUUAGAAAUCAAACUUUGUCUCUACUCUUGGCAGUUUUUAUAUGGCACAUUGAAAAAUAAAAGCCUCUCUCUACCAUCAAACAUUUCAAUUAUUGGGCACAGGUGAUGUUAAUCAUGUACAGUCAGAUUUGUGUGUAUAGUGCAGUUUGUUGCAAAGUACACUAUUGGAUGUCCUGAUGGUAGUAAUAAAGCUUCAGUCUUCUAUUGAAAUUGAUUAUAAGUUUUGUUCAUAGAAUCAGUAAAUUAAAAUUUUUCAUUUUAUUCUACUGUCCUAGACUCAGUAAAUCAAAAUAUUUUCUUUAUUCUACUAAGACUCAGUAAAUCUAAAUAUUUUCUUUAUUCUACUAAUGAAAUUGAAAAGAUGUUUAUUCUGUUUACAGAAGUUUUAUUAUAGAACGAGAAAACUUCUGCAGUUGUAAGGUGUAAUUUUAUUUGAUUAAACUAGUAGGUAAGUACGUACUGUUAUCAGGAUUUUAUACAUAAUCAUCUUAUUUUAUUAACAUGUAUACAACAGACUGUUUGGACCUUGUAUCAAGCCAUAUUUGCCAGAUGUACAGCAAUAAUAUAUGUUAAUGAUAAUGGUAAUUGCAUAAGAUUGAAGUGAAGAUUGACUUUGUUGAUAACAUCCAGUUGUUUAUUUAGAGAGCAUUGUUGUUCAGUCACUGCAAGAUUUUGAUUACAGGGCCACCUCUGUGGCAUAGAUGGUAGUUUUCACUUGAGUAGGUUAAUAAGUGUGUCUGUAAGCAUUCAUGCUUUGAAGAUUGUUUUUGUCUACCUUCUUUCUUACAGUAUGGAAAUAAGAGAAAAUAUAAGUGUAAGCAUAAUUUGGCAGUUUGUGAAUUCCACCCAUUUCAUAGAAAUUUUUGAAAUAAUAUUGUAGUGGUAAUCAUUGUUGCUUAUUGAUUUAGUACUUCAGUAAAUAAAAGAAAACUAGAGUAGGGUGGCUUUCAGUAAUGCCAAAGAAUUCAGACAUACUGUUGCUCUAAAUUUUACUAUAUUUGUCAAUUUCAGAAUGUUACCUUUCUAUUUGAAAAAAAUAAUGAAUUUCAUGUGCGGUUACUACAUAUGUAACUAUUUUUCUUUAUAAUUUUGGUCUUUGGGAAGCUAUUUUUUAUAGACUAGUUAACAAGUGUAAGUUAUUGUGUAUCACUGUGUUUUUUACAGUAGUGAUGAUUUAGAGCAAUAAGCAAUGUGUACAAUGUUUUAAAAGUUCAGUGGGUGGUUAACCCUGUAAAUUGAUUGCAAGAAAAAAAAUGGAUAUAUCAAUGAACAAGUUUAUCAAGAACACUUAGCACUUAAGCAUUGUGUUAAGUUAUUCAAAUUUGCAGUACAUGUAGUAAUGAAAUGUGGUCAGGUAAUUUAAUACCCAUUAUGAAGCAUAAUUGUCAUGGGACAGUGUUAAUAGGUAUUGCCUUUAAAGUCUGCUUAGGACAUUUGUAGGACUUUCAAACCAUUUUGUGUGUAUUAGGGGUAGCCACUAAAUGGUUUCUGCAAUUGCUAUUACCAGUAUAAUUUUUCCAUCACACAACCCCACCAGUCAUAUGUAUGCUCUCCUUGGUGACUUCAAAUUUCCCGGGUGGUCUUUUAUAUAGCACACAGAAGAAGAAUGGCAGUGUACAACCUGGACCCUCCAGUACCCAUGAGUCACAUACCUGAAUUUUCAUCAUUAAUUUAUCCAUCCAGAAUUCCCUAGCUCAUAUCCUCUUUGCAGUUUCACCAUAUCCCAGCGUCACUGUUCUUUGCCAACCUUUUACAUUUUUUUUUUUUUUUUUUUUUUUUGUGGUGAUGGCUAGCUGUGAGUAUUUGAGUAUAUAUUUGUGAAUUCAUACUGAAGAUUAUGUUGCAUUAUAUCGUUAGUGAGUCGAGUUUAAUUUUCUGUGUUUUGCAAGGUUUGUGUACAUUGUUUAAUGUUUGUUAACAUUUGGGUGUUGUUUUCAUGGUGCUAACUGCUGGUUGCCAGGUGGAGAACAAGUGCAAGUGAUUAACUAGUUAGUCCUUAGUUCCUUUUUUGGUAUAAUAUUCAUGCUUAUCAACACUUUAGUUAUACACUGUAGUGUCCUUACUACUUUUAACAGUGUUUUUUGGUGGUUUCUGUAACUUGGAAUAUUCAUAUUUGUGGGUGUGGUGGUGAUCCUUGCAGAUAACUGCUUGAAGGGACUAUGCUUAUGUAAGAAUCAGGUGAUCCUUGCUGGAUCAUCCACUAAGAUACUGUUAACUCAUGGUACUGAUCAAGGCAUGCUGGAGAUUUUGUGUAUCUGGCCAAGUGAAGACCUUUACUGACACAAUGACUUAACAAGACAGUCUCAAAUGCUUGGGCUUCUAAGAAGACUCUCUGAAGCUCCAGCAGUUUGUGCUAUUAGCGCUUUUCCUUGGAUCAAAAUCAUUUCACUUGAGACUGAAGAUUUAGCCACCCCAUCCCACAGUCAAGGCAUUGAAAAAAUCAGAAUUUGAUGGUCCUGCCACCAAUGAAGAACUAAUAAUGUCAUCACAAUCCUGAUAGAUAGACAGUGACGCUGCUUUCUAGCAUGAGCCAAACUGUAGUUGGAAGGAGAGAAUGCAGACAUGACAUUAGAGAAAUCAGCUUCCUCAGGUGUACCAAGUAUCCAAUUAACACUUGCCAAUAGUACUUGGUGAUCAGAUGAAGAUGGUAAAGGAAUUCACUGAUAGUCUCUUGGAGAUGAUAUCUUGUCCUCAGGUGGAGGAAGCAAUCCUAUGACAGUGUCUACAAGGAUCUCCAUGUAGACCACCUGCAUGGAAGGUGUUAGGGUGAAACUUUUAUGCCUGUUUGGAAGUCCAGAAGACAUAGCAGUCUCUCUUCACCUCAUCCCUUGAAGAAGCCCAGUAGCAUGUUUCUGGAUAACAAGGAAGUUGCAGGCGUAGUCAGCGCACCUAGGCUGCCAAUGGGCAAGGGUUUCAGUGGAGACCUGAGUACUGAGAAAUGAAGCACAACCUUGCCAAACAAAGCUAAGAUACUUUCUGGGGAGGAUUAGAAUCUGGAUUUGGAAAUAUUCAUCUUUUAGGUCUAUCAGGGCAAGAAAUUCCCUUUUAUGGACAGAUCUCUUAAGACUUCUAAGUGUAUAUGAAAAGGAGUAAUUUUAAGAAACUUGAAGUCAAAAUCUAUAAUUGGCCUCCACCCUCCUGGGGACUAGGUGCAAGGAAGCAGCAACCAUAGAACAUCAAAUAUUGCAAGGUAGCACCAACUGUAGAACCUCAAAUGACUGAAAAAAUAGCCUUAAGGACACCUUUCUGUGACAUGGAGGCUACCUCAUUGUCCAGACCCUGCUUGUAUGCCCGAUUGGAGUGGUAGAUGUCUAAGGCAAAUGGACAACGGACAAGGGGACUGGGGAUAAGGCACCAGGGCCAUUGGGUGGGCAUUGGAAUUUGUGGAUGAAUGGUAUGCGAUAUCCAAAGCAGGAAACCCCCCCAAACCCAAGGCACGGCAGCAAUGGAUUCGUAGUCCUUCCAAACCCUUAAAGGCAGACCCCAAUUAAGAGAGAUGAGAUCAGAGGGAACAGCAUAACUUCAGUUAUGCUGGGAUCUCCAAUCCAAAGAUGUGAAACUAGACUUGUCUCGGCCUCCAAAACUAAAGGUUGACUUGGGGCUGUGAGGCUUGAAGAAGAGCAGUUCUGAUGUGUCAUGUUUGAAUGAAACCUCUUUUGGACAUAAGGAGACUGUUGAUAAUGUAAUGUACAGAUAUGUGGCACUGGCUAGCAGAAGCCUUCAGUCCAUAAUGCAUGUUAGGUUGUGGAGCAAAACAUGCAAAUGAGGAUGACACACCCAAGUUGAUUAUCAUGACCCUGGUUGCAUUGGAUGAGGUUUUAUCCCCCUGACUUAUGAACAAGAGCUUCCAGGGAAUGAUCAAGAACAGGGGAUCAAAGAUGUGUAUGGAGCAAAGCUCUUGUCAUGUAUGGAGGCUGCAUUUUGGCCCUGCAAAGUAGCAUCUCUCCUCUUCACUAAAAUAUUCAUGAACUUGGAGUGUUUGCUGCAAAUCUUCAAAAUUGAAGUGAGACAUAGGAGCCUUAACUGUCUAUGGUUGAAGGCACACUACUAGCUCAAAGCAAACUGGUGAUCCUAGGCAUCCACUCUAUGUCAGUUAAAGGUAUAUAACUUAUUCUACGAGCUGAGCAAGGUCCAAAGGUAGGGCAUAUUUGGCAGUAGUUUCUGUGGUAAAUAUGCAACCCGUCAGCACCUCAGUGGCGUGAUCAGUAUGGUCUUUAGCUGCCACCUUGGUGGCCACGAGUUCGAUUCUCGGGCAUUCCAUUGAGGAGUUAGAGAUGUGUAUUUCUGGUGCUAGAAGUUCACUCUUGAUGUGGUUCAGAAGUCAUGUAAAGCCGUUGGUCCCGUUGCUGAAUAACCACUGGUUCCAUGCAACAUUAAAGUGCCAUAAAAACAAAACCAAGCCUUGGAGAACAUGCUUAUGAAUGGAACUGGAGGAACUUACUUAGUCAAAGAUGUGACAAGAAUCUGUUUAGGAUCUCCAUAGGGGAAGUGUUGUGUGGUUCUUGCAGAUUCAUUCAAUCUACUAACAAAAUCCUGUCCUUAAACAUGUCUAAUCUGGCUCUUUUGGCAGUUUUGACUUAAAAAGUUAAGUAUAUCUUAGUUUAACCAGACCACUGAGCUGAUUAACAGCUCUCUUACGGCUGGCCCAAAGGAUUAGAUAUUUUUUACAUGGCUAGGAACCACUUGGUUUCCUAGAAAGGGGACCUACAGCUUAUUGUGAGAUGCGAACCACAUUAUAUCAAGAAUUUAAUCUGUGAUCACCAGAAAUAAAUCCCUCAGAUUCCACGUUGGCAUAAUGGAAAAUCAAACUUUGGACUACCAAAUCGGUAGGUGAGCACAUAACCCACUCGCCCAACGAGGAACUAAUUGACAGCUUGAGGAGAACCAGGGAAACAUGAGUGGUAACAAAGCCUAGUGGGGCAAGGAGUAGGGAAAAAAAUAUGAAAGAGGAGCAGGUGAUGGGUUACUUGAAGAGGUGGCUGAGGAGGAGAAAAUUAGGCAUAGGCAACUCAAGUUCAUGAGCAGCAAGAAUAGAACUGUCAGACGCUCUCAUUAGAUGGUGAUUGGAGAUUACGAAGCAAUUGAACUCAAAGGAGGCUCUCUUAGAUGGAGAACAGCAGUGUGAGAGACUGGGCUUGCCGGGGAAAUUGGGUAGAACCUUUAAUAGGAUCCUGGUGGACUGAGAUGGAAAUAGUCUUGAAUUCAGGGGAUAAGAGGCCCCUUGGCAUGGAAAUGAAGUGGAAUAUCUUAGAAUACUGGAGCUGAAACAGGAGCAGCCAAAAUGACAGGUAUUAUCAAGAUUAUCAUAGAACACAAGGCCUCCAAAGACACUGCAGCCAAUACACGUUUGUCUGCAUUCACAGGCAGGGAAGCCAAGAUUGAGACCACCAAAGCAGGCAAGGACAUGGAAUUAGAUGUGGCAUGAAUAGCCACAAUAGCCAAAUGCAUGAGGACAGCUGCGUAUCCAAGGACAGUCUUAAUGCAUAAUUGUUGCCAAGUACAUGGGAGCAGUUAGGCACUCAGGAUAGAGUAUACUGGAGCAAUGAAGCAUAUGAGAGCACUAAAGAACAGACGAGAUGAAGUAGCAGUCAGUUUGUUACAGAGUAGGGCAUAUGCUCAAAACAGACGUUGCAAAAUCCUUAGAAGCAGGAGCUUCAAGGCCGGGAACGCAAAUGAAAUCCUCUUAAUCUUAGCAGAGUGAAUGAAGUUGGAUGAAAAUGGAGGCACUGCAAUACUUACUGGACAAAUUGUUUUUAACAGGAACAGCAAACAAGACCAGCAGGUCUCCCCUUUGGAUGACUGGGAAAGCAUCAAAAGAGGGAAACAUUCAUUCGGGAGAAAACUCCUGAGGUGAGUAUACUAUAACUGAGAGCGGGGGAGGCUUACACUUCUUAUGUUGGUCACUCUUGACUCUGGGGAAAGGCAUGGGAGAGGAGGAAGGUUUAUCCAAAGAUACUCAUACUUAACAGCCAUGAUCGCAUAGCAAAGGGAAGAUGCAGAGUUCAACAACUCGUACACCUAGCACAGUGCUUACAGGCACACUGUUAUGCAUGCAAAUACCAAACUCAAGGACCAGUCCUUAAACACUAGUACAAACUGAUUUUACGAGACUUGCUUUACAUACAAGACUGAAUGUCUGUUUAAAUUUGAGCAAAGGACAAACAUCUUUUCAAAAAACAACUUCCUGAUUACUUUGGAACUGGUUUGAAUGUAGUCAUAUUCAUUAUCAUUUUGAGUAAAAUUUAACCAAUUUAAUUGAGCAUACUUUUAGUCUAGUAGGGGAAUAGAGUUAGUAGGGAGGAUUAGAGAACUGAGUGGCAGAGUAGUACUUAAGAGGAAAGCACCUUUGUGUGAAAAAAUUAUGCACCAUUUUCCAUUUAUCUUACCAAGAAACAUUCAUCUAGAAAAAAAAUAUCCCUCAAAAUUGUUUUUUUUUUUCCUCAGGAGUAUGUAGAUAUUCAAAUACACUAUUGCAACAAGCAGCAGUGUAUUUCCUGUUCUUAAUAAUU